GUAUAUAUAUAAAUAUAUAUAUAUAUGUAUGUAUAUAUAAUAACUGCGACUGCUGAAGGGUACAGAAUAACGGAAGUGGCUUUUUUUUUUAUUGUUGAGUGAUAGAGAACGAUUGGAUUGUUUUAGCAACAUGCCGACUACGUCAGAAAUCUACAGUACAGGAGAUAUCACGUACACUGCCUGCGGAGGUGAGGAAGUCGGUGGCGUCGUAACUGAUGACACAACAAAAUGGACAGUUACGAACAAGAACGGUAUGAGCAUCGGCGUCACUGAUUACGGUGCAACUCUGGUGUCAUGUAUAGCACUUGAUAAGGAAGGGGAAAAAGGCGAGACGUUGAUAUUUUUCGACUCCUUGAAAGAUUAUGCACUUAAAGGUGCAGGGCAUGGAGCCACCAUUGGAAGAUAUGCCAAUCGUAUUGCGCAAGGUCAGUUUGUGAUCAACGGAACCACAUACCAGGCGCCCGUAAAUGAUUGGGGUCGACCCAAUUGCUUACAUGCAGGCCGAAUCCCUUGGCAGCAUCAGAAAUGGGAUGCAGAGGAAGUCGAAGAUGACGGAGUUUCGGGUGUCAAAUUCUCACUUGUCAGUCCAGAUGGGGCAGAAGGAUUCCCAGGAGAGGUCACGAUCAGCGUCACCUAUUCUUUGAGUGACAAUGAUGAUGUGCGCAUAUACUACGAAGCAACUACCGAUCAAGAUACUAUCAUCAAUGUAACAAAUCACGGUUACUGGAAUUUGAGCGGUGACCAUAAGCGAUCCGCUAGGACUCACGAGUUCUCUGUAAAUGCUAAAGAGUAUCUGCCAGUUGAUGAGAACUGUAUUCCCACCAACAUAACAGAGGUCGAGGGCACGCCAUUUGACCUGAGAAAACUAGGGAACGUGGGUGAACGAAUUGAUGCUGCGAAUGGAUUUGACAACUGUUUUGUCAUUGAUAAGUCUAACGACCCCGUACAUGUUAAGCCCUCUAAAGUUAGUGGAGGCAGUGCCACACCGUCCGUGCACGUGGCUGCUGUAUGUAUGGACCCCGAGUCUGGGCGUAAAAUGACCGUUCUGACGAGCGAGCCCGGUGUACAGGUCUACAAUUACAACCACGCAUCCGCCGAUGACAAGGAUGCUCCCCACACUGUCUACUGGGGAAUCUGCUUCGAAGCGGAGCACUACCCGAAUAGCUGCAACCGAACCUCAUGGCCACCUACUCAACUAAAUAAGGGUGACACAUACAAGCAGCUUACCGUGCACCGUUUCUCGACGAAAUGAAUCUGGUUGCCGUGCAAUGAAUAUCGUUUCAAUGCUGUACUACAGAUACUUUAUGGCAGAAAACAUAUUUUAGAGGAUAUCUAAGAUAAUCUGGCGGAUAUUGCAACCUCAGAAUCGUCGCUUUGUAAAACUCCAAGACUGGAGAUAGGCGAUAAAUACGUCUAGAAACCGAUCAAACCGGCAAAUAAAAAGUAUGUAUUCCAC